AGUGAGUUGGAGCAGCCAGUGGGCCGUUUGAGGUGCUUUCCUCUCUGUAGAUGCUGCAGAAGUUCAGUCUCAAUGAUCUUGGCAAAUGGUGGCCCAGCAGGUCUCUGUGCUGCAGCUCCUCCACCAUCAUCAUCGGGGGCGGCUGCACUGACACCACACCCAGCAGCUCCGGUAAGAAGGGGUGCGGCCCUAGUCCCGACACGAAGGAAGCAAAGCCCAAAAAGUGUUGCUUCUCGCCGCUGUUUGCUCGUUCUGAGGGAGAACAGCUCUAUGGGGAGUACCAAGAGAACCAAGGGGGCUCCGGCAGACGGGAGGCCACGCGCCUGCUGACCGAGAGGCAGAUCAAGAAACAUGGCAACCACCCCGGCGGCAGGCCGCGCCACGGCCGGCCCGGUCAGAACGGGUGCCGCGGUCGACACCACGGCAGGACGAGGAACAGGCGGCAGUUCGAGGCGGACGGCGACGAGCGGGACGAGCAAGCGGCCGAACGCGACCUCGCGACCUCCGCGAAGAAGAGACGCUCCUACUCCAAAUGUAGAGACUGCAUAGCACGAGUACAGAGAUUCCUCGUGACCAGGCUGGGAGAAGACUGGAUCUUCCUGGUUCUGCUGGGCAUCACGAUGGCGCUGAUCAGCUGGACGAUGGACUACGCCAGCGCAAAGAGCCUGCAAGCCUAUAAGUGGAUUCACGGGGAGCUGAGGGGGAACAUCCCCCUGCAGUACCUGGCCUGGGUUUCAUACCCCCUGAUCUUCAUUCUGUUCUCCUCCCUCUUCUGUCACCUGGUUGCACCUCAAGCUAUCGGUUCUGGCAUCCCCGAGCUGAAGACCAUCCUGAGAGGCGUGGUGCUGAAGGAAUAUUUAACGCUCAGGGCCUUCGUGGCCAAAGUCAUCGGUCUGACGGCCGCCCUGGGCAGCGGGAUGCCGGUGGGCAAAGAGGGUCCAUUCGUUCACAUCGCCAGCAUCUGCGCCGCGGUCCUCAGCAGGUUCAUGUCCUUCUUCUCGGGGGCGUAUCAGAAUCCAUACUGUUACACGGACAUCCUGACAGUGGGCUGUGCUGUCGGGGUCGGCUGCUGCUUCGGGACUCCGCUUGGAGGUGUGCUCUUCAGCAUCGAGGUGACGUCCACGUACUUCGCUGUGAGGAACUACUGGAGGGGGUACUUUGCCGCCACGUUCAGCGCCUUCAUAUUCAGAGUGUUGUCCGUGUUCAACAAAGACGCAGUAACCAUCACUGCUCUGUUCAGGACAAACUUCCGCAUGGAUUUCCCUUUCGACCUGCAGGAGCUGCCGGCCUUCGCCAUCAUUGGGAUCUCCUGUGGGUUCUUGGGGGCGUUCUUCGUCUAUCUCAACAGACAGGUGGUGCUGUUCAUGAGACGGCCCAACGCCAUGACCCGCUUCCUCACCAAACACCGGCUGAUCUUUCCCGCUGUGGUGACGCUCGUCAUCGCCACGUUGACCUUCCCACCCGGCUUCGGACAGUUCAUGGCGGGCGAGCUGAUGCCAAGGGAGUGCAUCAACUCCCUGUUCGACAACUUUACGUGGACAAAGAUUUCGGGGUCUCCUCUCCCGGCCGGUCUGGGUCUCUCUGCCGCCUGGCUGCACCCCGAUGUCAGCGUGUUCCUCACCCUGCUGCUCUUCUUAUUCAUGAAGUUCUGGAUGUCCGCGGUGGCCACCACCAUGCCCAUUCCCUCGGGGGCCUUCAUGCCCGUCUUCAUACUGGGAGCUGCGUUCGGCCGGCUGGUUGGGGAGAUCAUGGCCACCCUGUUCCCUCACGGCAUCGUGUUUGAUGGCAUCCUCUACCGCAUCAUCCCCGGAGGGUACGCAGUCAUUGGAGCGGCAGCUUUGACCGGGGCCGUGACUCACACGGUGUCCACGGCGGUGAUCUGCUUUGAGCUGACGGGUCAGAUCUCCCACAUCCUGCCCAUGAUGGUGGCAGUAAUCCUGGCCAACAUGGUGGCCCAGGGCCUGCAGCCCUCCCUGUACGACUCCAUCAUCCAGGUCAAGAAGCUCCCGUACCUGCCGGAGCUCGGCUUCGGACACAUGAGCCAGUACAACAUCGUCGUGGAAGACAUCAUGGUGAGGAAGGUGAAGUUCGUGUCGUCUCAGUCCACGUACAGAGAAGUGAAGCUGCUGCUGGACUCCUCCUCGCUCAAUUCAAUCCCUCUGGUCGACUCGAAGGAUUCUAUGAUCCUAUUGGGCAGCAUCGACAGGCUGGAGCUGCUGGCUCUUUGUGAUUGGUGGUUGUCGCCAGAGAGGCGGCUCCUGAUGCAGGGUCAGAGCCUCCAGGAGGAGAACCAGAAACACAGCUGGGAGGCCUUCGCCUUCGUGGAUGAGGAGGAGGAGGAGGAGGAGGAGGAGGACGGAGAGAAGGGCGGCCCGGUGCAGGAGGAGAGGAACGGCCCGCGGCCUCCUCCAAAGACUCAGGAGUCCUCGAACCACACUGCUGCUGGCCCCGGUCCUCUACAGUCUGUGCAGAAAACACUCAGGAAUCUCUUCACCUCUAAGAGCGGACAGACAGAGGCACAGUCACAGGAGCCCUGUCCUCGCCCCCCCCUGGCAGACACCAUGACACCAGAAGAGAUCAACGCGUGGGAGGAGGCCGAGGUGGACACGCCGAUGGAAAUCGAUGAGAUACGAGUGGACCCUUCGCCUUUCCAGCUGGUCGAGAGGACGUCGUUACACAAGACACACACCUUGUUCUCUCUGCUGGGACUCAGCCACGCUUAUGUGACCAGUAUCGGCAAACUGGUGGGAGUGGUGGCCCUGAAGGAGCUCCAGAAGGCCAUCGAAGGCUCCACUCGCUCUGGCGUCCGCCUCCGUCCUCCUCUCGCCAGCUUUCGCGACAUCACCAACCGCAACUCUGUUCCCAAAUCUCCGCCUUCCUCCUCCUCCGCUGCUCCGUCCUCUCCUCCCUCCACCUCCACCUGCCCUCCUCCCUCCACCUCCACCUGCCCUCCUCCCUCGGCUCCAGCUGCUCCCCAGCUCCCUCCCCCCCCUCCCCACCACCGUCUCCACGAGAACGAAACGGAGGUGUGGAUCGAGGGCGUGAGCCCGGAGGUGGAGGAGAGCCGCCUCACCCCCCCUCCCUCCACCACUCCUCCGCCGGUCCCUUCUUCUUCCACUCCUCCCCCUCCUCCUCCCCCCCCCCACCACCACCCAGAGACCCUUACAGAGGCUCCUCGAGCCGGAUGA